AUGAAAGAUAGUAAAACUUCAUUAUCGGCUUUUAGCUUGAAUUUUAUUUCAGGAACUAUUGCAGGAAUAUGAGGAACAGUUGUAGGACAUCCCCUAGAUACUAUCAAAACAAAAAUUCAACUAUCUCAAGGAAAAUAUGGAGGCAUACAGACCUUUAACAACAUUGUUGUCAGAGAAGUGAAAGGAAGCUAUUCAAAAGCGUUUUUAAAACUUUUUAAUGGAAUAACUUAUCCUAUAAUAGGAAAUGCUCCUAUUGUUGCUACCAUAUUCUCUGUGAAUACCUUGUGAAAUAAUUUAUUUCAAGGAUCUGACAUCCCUCAAACUUGAUCAAUAUUUAUCAGUGGAUUCAUUGCAGGAGCAUCCAUUUCAAUAUUUCUGACACCAACUGAACUAUUAAAGAUCAGAAAGCAAGCGAUGAAGCUUAAAUAAGAUUACAUAUCCUCAAAUUAUCAAGCAGCAGUAUAAGAGCUUGGGCAUAAAAGGGUUAUAUCAAGGAUAUUGAAUAACUCUCAUCAAAUGUACCUUUCCUUAUGGAAUAUUCUUUGUGACAAAUUACAAGUUGAGGGAAAUAUUCAAUCUUGAUCUGGAUCAAAAUACCUCAUUCCUUUUACUUGUCAAAAAGGUUUUCGCAGCAGGGAUUGGAGGUCAAUGCCAUUGGCUAUGUGCAUAUCCCUUGGAUGUUAUUAAAAGUAAUAUUCAAAAUAGUCGAAACAACCUCAGAAUAAUACAUACAGCGAGGAGACUUUACAUGAGACAUGGACUGUUACAUUUUUAUAAAGGAAUAAGUGUGGUUUUGUUAAGGACGUUUCCAUUCACUGCAAUAAACCUUUUGGUUUACGAAUCUAUAUCCUCGAAGCUCACCAAAUUGGCUUUUCAAUAAGAGUAACUUCAAAAAUUACACUGUCUUAAAACUUGAUAGCAAAUACUUGUUGGCCUAAGUUCAUUUUAAAAGGGAUUGGGUCAAUGAC